UGUGAAUAUAAUUUCGUAUCGAAUACAUACCUAAGUAUUGGUGAGCAAGUUCUUGCAAAAAAAGUUGAUUUUCAAGCUAGCCAAAAAUGAAGAGACUUCGUUAGAAAAAAUAAGCAAAAAAAAUUGAAGAAUUUUUAUUGACAUAGGUAUUAGGUACCUACACCUACAAGUAGGUGAUGAUUCUCUGCUGCUAAGAAAAAAUGACAGAUUUUGAUUAUUUGACGGUUUUAGAAGUAAAUGCAUAAAAGCCAUUGUUAUUGUUUCAGGUGAUGUUGCAAGCACCCUGUAGCUGAAUUUUUUGUACAUAAUCAAAAAUAAAUAUUGAUAACCAAGUGAUCCAAAUUGCUAGCAUCGUUUGUAUUUAUGUGCACCAUGACUCGAAAGUUAGUAAUAAUAGAAUUUAUUACGGUUGUGGUGAUCAUGAUCAAUUAUGUACAUGGUCAGGGAGGAGGUAGCAGUGGAUCUAAUGUUAACAUUACUCUCAACUAUCCAAAUCCCAGAAGAGAUGAGAAUGUAUCGGACAUAUAUCCAAAAAAUACCAUCGUAAAAGACCCAUACAGAUGGAUGGAAAACCUAGAUAGCGAAGAAACGAAAAAAUUCAUUGAAGCAGAAAACGCUUUGACGAGAUCUUAUUUGGAUAAAAGCCCAUUCCGUGCUGAAUUGGAGGCUCGUUUCAAGGAGUUGUAUAAUUACCACAGAUAUACAUCAUUUUUUCAAAAAGGAAAACAUUUUUUCUCUUACCAGAAUACUGGCUUGCAAAAUCAAGACGUGCUUUUCAUUCAUGAUUCAUUGACCAGCGAUGGUAAAGUGUUCUUUGAUCCGAAUACUCUCAGUAAAGAUGGAACGAUCGCAUUAUAUUCUGCUUCUACUUUCUCCGAAGAUGGGCAAAUUUUUGCCUACAUGUUGGGUGCAAAUGGUUCCGACUGGACAACAAUUCAAUUUAAGCAUAUAGAACAAGGCGAUAUUUAUAAAGAAAAAUUGGAGAAAGUGAAGCAUUCAUUAAUAUCGUGGACGCAUGAUAACAAAGGAAUAUUUUAUUCGGCAUAUCUCGAACAAAAAUACAAAAAAUCAGGCGAAUUAAAUUUUGACAAGGAUAAAAAUCAUAAAUUAUAUUACCAUGUAAUUGGAACUGAGCAGUCCAAAGAUGUUAUGGUAGCAGAAUUCCCCAAUCAUCCGGAUUACUGGCUCGAGGGCUCGGUCAGCGACUGUGGUAAAUAUUUAAUCGUGGCAGUAAACAGAGGCACUGGAAAUUUAAUAUACAUUGCUGAUUUGGAAAAGAUCAAUUACCAAAUAAAUGGUAAAUUAGAAUUUAUACCAAUCGGUACAAAGGCGGGAUCCGCAAAAGACAUACUCUCGUAUAUUACCAAUGAUGGAAAAACCUUCAUAUUCAAAACCAAUAAAGAUGCCGAUAACUCUAAAUUAGUUUCAAUCAAUAUCGAAAACCCGGAUCCGAAUACGUGGAAAGAUCUUGUACCAGAAAAUAAAACAGAUGUAUUGGAAUGGGCAUCACCAGCAUCUGAUAAAUACGUCGUCUUAUGUUAUAUUCAGAAUGUCAAGAAUAUUCUUCAAAUACACGACAUAAAAACGGGCAACCUUGUGAAGAAAUUCGAUUUAGAAAUCGGUUCAGUUUUCGAAUGGUCGUUUUUCAGUGAACGAAAAUCUUCCAUGAUGUUUUUCAUACUCGAAUCUUUCCUUAAUCCUGGCAUUGUUUAUAGUUGCGAUUUAUCCAUACCAUCAUUGGACCUUAAGAUUAUUCGAGAAAACAAGCUAAAGAAUUUUGACCCACGGAGAUAUACGACUGAACAAGUAUUCUACAAAAGCAAAGAUGGCACCGAAGUGCCCAUGUUUCUUACCUACAAAAAAGGUUUGGAAUUGCAUAGGGACGGAAACACUCCUACUUUUCUUUAUGGCUAUGGAGGGUUCUUAUCCAGUGAAUCGCCUUAUUUUAGCGUCAAUCCUAUAGCAUUUAUCAAUAAUUUCGAUGGGAUUUAUGCUGUAGCUAGUAUCAGAGGCGGAGGGGAAUACGGUGAAAAGUGGCAUCUGGCAGGAAACCUUGGCAAAAAACAAAAUACCUUCGACGAUUUUCAAGCUGCUGCUGAAUAUUUAAUCGCUCAAAACUACACUAAAGCUUCACUGCUGACCAUUAAUGGAUUAUCCAACGGAGGACUUUUAAUGGGCGCCUGUCUUAACCAAAGGCCAGAUUUAUUUGGUGCUGUAAUCGCACAAGUGGGAUUAUUUGAUAUGUUGAGAUAUGACAAAUUCACUACUGGUUUCAACUGGAUACCUGAGUAUGGAUCGCCCUCUAAUGAGACAGAUUUCGAAUAUUUAUUCAAAUACUCUCCUUUGCACAACAUCAAAAUACCCGAUGACCCUAAUAAACAAUAUCCUGCCACUAUGCUUUUAACCUCAGACCACGAUGAUCGCGUUGUACCUUCACACUCGUUGAAAUUCAUUGCUACUUUACGACAUGAAGCGAAAAGUCAUCCUAACCAGAAAAAUCCUUUCAUACUCAGAGUUGAAUCCGAUGCUGGUCAUGGUGGCGGUGAACCAACAGAAAAAGUUAUCGCUCGACUUGUGGAUGAGUAUUGUUUCAUUAUAAUGAAUACUGGGAUCAAGUUCCAUAAAUAGGUACUUCAAGAUAAUGGAUUCACCAGAAUCCAGAAAGAAUGAACCUGAAAAAUUAAAUUAAAUAAGGAAUUAAUAGGUGAUACAGUAGGUACAUGUACUCACAAGUAAAACUUGUUUUUUUUUUUUACAUUUUAAAUAAAAAUUGUGAAAAAUAA